GUAUAUGUUGCAACACGUACCGGCACCUGGGUGAUGAACCGGAUUUGGUAUAAAGGUGAACCGCAAGACGUUGUUUUCUUGAAUCGAUACAUUCAUUCAUUCCAAAAAAUUCUCCCAUGGUCUGCUUCAAACUGGGCCAUAGAGCGCCACGUAAAUGAGCGAUUUGAUCAUGGCCGGUACGGCUUGAAACCGAAACAUCGCGCUCUUCAGGCACAUCCUACUGUGAAUGACGAGUUGCCAAAUCGUAUCGCCAGCGGGACCGUUAUUAUCAAGCCAAACAUUGCUUCUUUUGCGGAGCGCGACGUUAUAUUUGAGGAUGGCAGCACUGUAAAGGAUGUUGAUACUGUAAUUUUUGCCACCGGUUAUUCCUUUGAAUUCGCGAUACUUGAGGAUGGUAACCUGAUCCCUGUCACUGAUAAUCAGGUCAAUUUAUAUAAGUACAUGUAUCCACCGCAAUUAUCGCCAAAGAAUAGCCUAGCAGUGAUAGGCCUAAUCCAGCCUCUGGGAUCCAUAAUGCCCAUUUCCGAAAUGCAGUGCCGUCUGUUCUGUGAAGUGCUUGCUGGGAAAUGCAAAUUGCCGGAUUCCGAGAAAAUGCUCAAAAACAUCGAGAAAAAGAAGGCGCAAAUGGCAAAACAGUACGUGAAACGUCGACGUCACACCAUCCAAGUGCAUUACGUGGAAUAUAUGGAUGAACUGGCAAAACUGAUUGGUGUGAAGCCGAAUUUGCUGAAAUAUUGGCUCACUGAUCCACGCCUUGCAUCCACGCUUCUCUUUCAAGGAUUGGCUCCCUAUCAGUACAGGCUAACAGGUCCAAAUGCUUGGUGCGGCGCCCGUGAAGCAUUGCUGGGAAUGGAGCAGCGGAUGUUCGAGAAUUCCCGGACGAGGCAAACCAAAGAAACAAUGAAAUCCACUCCUGUCAAUAAAUUUUUCUACUUAUUUCGUCUAAUUAAACCAUAA